AUGCUUCAAUCCAUCGAUGAUCUGCUGCUUCCUGUGCUCCUUGAGCAAGCCUUGAGUUCAAUCUCAUCGGAUUCGGCCAUUACCAUCACCGAAGUAGGAUGCGGAACUGGUCGCAACACAUCCAAGCUCCUUAGUCUACCUCCUUCGACGGUGAAGAUAGCCGAGAUCAACGCUCUGGACCUCUCCCCUCAAAUGCUGGACAUUGCGAAAUCACGAUACUCAUCGCUCAUCACACAAUCGGCACCUAAUGUAUCGUUCCACGUGUUUGACGCACUCGCACCGGACCAAGGAAGUGAUAUCGAUCAACUCCGCGGCAAAGCAGACAUCGUUUUAUCAACACUGGUCCUCGAGCAUCUCCCCGUCGACGCCUUUUUCACCACUUGUGCUUCAUUUCUCAAGUCUAGCGGACUCCUGAUCGUGACUAAUAUGCAUGCUGAAAUGGGCAAACGUUCGCAAGCUGGAUUCUUGGACACAGAUGGCGAUACGAAGGUGCAAGGAGAGAGCCACAACUAUGAAACCGACGAGGUGAUCAUGGCCGGUCGGAAAGCGGGAUUUGAAAUUUUAGAUGGAGGAUUAACUGAAAGAGGCAUUGAGGAAAGCGAUCUCCAGACCAGAGCUGUAGGUGAGAGGGGAAGAAAAUGGGUGGGAUGUAAGGUGUGGUUUGGCGGAACAUUCAGGUACACCGAUUAG